UACCCUGUCUGUGUCAUCACGGUGUCAAAGUGUUAGUGAGCAGAAACGGAGAAGGUCGUGCAAAUCUUACUGUGAAUUUUAUUAUCCCGAAUUUGCCUCGCUAUCAGCAACAAACCUUCACAAAACACGAAAAUAAUGUACGGAAAUCGCCCACAGCCUGGUAACGGUGGUUUUAACCGCGGUGGAAUGCAGGGUGGACGCCCAGGUGGCCCCAUGGGUGGUGGAUUCCGUCGUGAAGGUGGAGCUGGAGGCUACGGGGGCGGUAACGGUGGAUCGUUCGACCGUCAGUCCAACAAUGGAAAGAAUCUCCGCAACGUCAAGUGGGAACCGGAGGAUCUGACACCAUUUGAGAAGAAUUUUUAUCAACCAUCCGCCGGGCUCAUGAAUCUGACCGUGGCGGACAUUGAAGGCUAUCUGAACAAGCAUCAGAUCACACUGAAGGGUCGUGACGUACCCCGUCCGAGCAUGGAGUUCGAGGACGGUGGUCUACCCGUGUAUAUUAUGGAAGAGCUGAAGCGUCAAGGCUUCAGCAAACCCACGGCCAUCCAGGCCCAGGGUAUGCCGAUCGCGCUGAGCGGUCGUGACAUGGUGGGUAUUGCACAGACCGGAUCUGGCAAGACGCUGGCAUACGUGGUACCGUCGCUGGUGCAUAUUCAGCAUCAGACGAACAUUCGACGGGGUGAUGGACCGAUUGCACUGAUUCUUGCACCGACCCGCGAGCUGGCCCAACAGAUCCAGCAGGUAGCGACGGACUUUGGUUCGCGCGUCAGUGCAAACAAUACGUGCGUUUUCGGUGGCGCUCCGAAGGGACCACAGAUACGUGAUCUCGAGCGGGGUGCCGAAAUUGUGAUUGCCACCCCGGGACGAUUGAUCGAUUUUCUCGAGCGCGGUAUAACGAACUUGCGCCGCUGCACCUACCUGGUGCUGGACGAAGCCGACCGUAUGCUGGACAUGGGCUUUGAGCCGCAGAUUCGAAAAAUUAUGGGCCAGAUCCGCCCGGAUCGGCAGGUGCUGAUGUGGUCAGCCACCUGGCCAAAGGAGGUGCGCAAUCUGGCGGAAGAAUUUUUGGCCGACUACAUCCAGAUCAAUAUCGGAUCGCUGAAUUUGUCGGCAAACCACAACAUCCUGCAGAUUGUGGAUGUGUGUGAAGAUUACGAGAAGGAUCAGAAGCUGAUGAAGCUGCUGACGGAGAUAUCGGCCGAACCGGACACGAAGACCAUCAUCUUCGUGGAGACAAAGCGUCGUGUCGAUGACAUAACGCGCAUCGUGAACCGUAAUGGAUGGCGUGCCGUCGCUAUUCAUGGCGAUAAGUCGCAGCAGGAGCGUGACUACGUGCUCAGCACAUUCCGUAACGGACGCCAGGGCAUACUGGUGGCCACGGAUGUAGCUGCUCGCGGUUUGGAUGUGGAAGACGUAAAGUUCGUUAUCAAUUACGACUAUCCGUCGAAUUCUGAAGAUUACGUGCAUCGGAUUGGUCGAACGGGACGCUCGAACAAUACCGGCACCGCUUACACCUUGUUCACCAACUCAAAUGCCAACAAAGCGAACGACCUGAUCAACGUGCUGCGCGAAGCGAAUCAGGUGAUCAAUCCACGGCUUGUAGAACUGGCUAAACCGAACAUGGGCAAGGGUCGUCAGCGGUACAAUAAUCAUCGCUUCGGCGGACAGCAAAACCGUCCACCACGGGAUGGUCCAUACGGUGGCGGUCCUCCACGCCAUGACGGUGGUGGUGCUGGACGAUUCGGUCAACGUGACGGCGGUGCGCCAAAGUAUGGCGGUAUGGGUCGUACCGAUGGAGCGGACAAGUACGGUCCGCCGCGUAGUGACAAUCGUCUCUCGAUGUACGGUGUAAACGCGGGUUUACCACCACAGACGCUUGGUGGGCUGGCGGCCAGUACGGCCAUGGGAGGCGCUAAGCCACCGAGCGUUGGUGGGGUAGGUCAACGCCAGAGCCGCUUCUCGGCACCACCUUCUUCGGCAACGGCUGCAGCCGCCGCUGCUGCUGCCGCAUUUGCCUCCAGCUACCACCAGCAGAGCAAAUAUCCUGGCGCACCAUCGGUCGGUGCGGGCUUGGCCGGUGCGCACCCUUCGGCGGGUGGCGCUAGUGCGGCAGCAGCAUACGGAAGUUCCGCCCCUUCGUACAAACCCCAACAGUCUGCGGCUGGUAGUGAAAUGUACGGUAGCAGUGGUGCGUACAGCGCCCGGUCACAGCCAUCAUCCGCACUACCGUCGGCAGCGGCCGCAGCAGUUGCUGCUGCCGCGUAUCAGUACGCCGCAAAUGGAGCGACACCCGCAUUUGCUUAUCCGCCACCCCAGGUGGUACUGAAUUAA